GAGCAUUUAACUUGAGUGGAGCGGAUGUCAGCCGAAAGUUAGCUCAGCGGCUAAAAGGAGGGAAGUCGGAGUCUGCUUUGGAUAACGAUAUCGACAAACGUAAGAAAUCUACAUAUUGCACAUUGUGUGAAUGUUUCACUGCAAGGAAGUCAACAUGAAAUGUCCUCAGUACAAGGCUACCAUGGCCAACAACAUAGAGAAAAGCUCUGCUGCUGUGGCUGCUGCAGAGUCCAAAGUGCUUCACCUCAAAGCUUCACCAGUGAAAGAGCCCACCCCCAUCAAACCUCAGUUUCCACCUGCGGGGGUAACUACAGCACUGUUAUCUCUCAACAACAACAGCAGAGCAGUCCACAACAAGGAAAACAGCACCAGCACCAGGGAGCAUGACAUGACUCUGGACGAAGGAUUUGAGGACAGCGGCUAUCUGUCUCUGCAUAACAGUCAGAUUGACGAUCAGCAUGGGGAUGACGAAGAUGAUCUCAUCCAGGGAAAACCCACAGUGACCCUGCGGCCGCCUGCCGCUGCUACACAUCAAGAAAGGACAAUUUCACCGAAGAACUCUCCCUCUAAAAGUCAUGGGUGGACAAACUCCAGCUAUCCAGUGUCUCUGGUGGCAGCUUCCACUCCUGGGAGCCAUCCUAGGAGUAAAAAAGUGGCAUGCUCACUGUCAUCCACCCCAUGCAACCAUCACAAUGACGCCAAUUUGCCUAUACUGAAGUUCCAGCGUGCUGUAUGUGAAGAGCUUGCCAAGAGCUAUCGGAAGAAUAAGAGGUAUGACUGGAGCAUCGUCACAAAGGUAGCAGAGGAUCAUCUGUUGGAUCGGGUGAUCGGAGGCCAGAUGGGCCUGGAGUACGUCGACAUGUUUUCAUCUCUGCUCUCCAGGAACAUGAGAACUAUCCUGACCAACAUCCUGGGCCUACUGGGAGACAUGGACCUCAUUAGCUGUAAGAAAGUGAGCAGGACAUGGAGGAAGAUCAUCUGUGAGGAUACAGCAGCUCUGACCAGAUGUCGAAGGGCCGAGCAGGCACUCAGGGAGUCAAGUAGCUCCCUGAGACAGAGAGGCUGCGGUCUGACAAGAGAUGUAGCUGUGUCCAGGGUGGUGCUGUCCUGCAUGCAGACCCUGGCCUCUUCAAGCACCCCAUCAUCUUCAUCCAGCCCAAGCUGCAGGGUCAAUAGACGGACAGUCCCCUCCCAGAAGAGCGGCACACUCAACUCCCAGUGUAAACGCUUCAACGAAUACAUGCAGGCCGCCAGCAGUCUGAAGCAACACGAGUCUCUGCGCCCCUGCAGACGUUGCGGCUCACCGGCGACACAUUUGGCCUCGGUUCAGAGGGCCACGUGCACGCGUCCCAGCUGUCUCUUUGACUUCUGCACCAACUGCCAGGAGGCAUUCCACGGCUCGACCCCUUGCAGGGUUGUGCAACCCCGGGCCCACUUCCCCUCCUCCGAGUCGAACCAGAUCAUACCGGGCAGCGCUCGCAGCAAGAGGAGCAUCAGGCGCCUGUGACGAAGUUUUACUGAGGUUUUAGUCACUGACUGUUUUAUCUGGGCGGGUCAUCUUUCUCUGGUCUGGCAGCGGUCCAGUUGGCUCCCUCUGAAGCUCACACAGGCCUGGAAGGGCUUCUGUUUGUGGCACUAAAACUUUGAUAAAAGCCGAACUCUGGCUGGGACAAUCAACCAGAAAGUGUUAACUGGCUAAAACUUGUCGUCUGUGAGCGACAAACACAUCUGAUGCCAAAAAAGAAAGAAAUGCAGAAUAACAGGCUUUAAAUUGUACAGUUUUAUGUUUUAAAUGACAUGAAUUUAAUUGUAUUAUAUUUUAAAUAGUUUUCUAUACUUUUUUAAAUAAAUGUUAAUCCUCAGAGGUCUUUAAAUGUUCAUAUUGACUCUAUUUGUA